AUGAGCACAAGGCAUACCUUGUUAUCUCCACCGUCCACGGUUGCCGGAAAUCGCCUGGCUCACAAAGGCAUACGAAGGACCCCUCGAUUCUCAUUCCAAGCAAUAACUCAUCAUACCGUUGGGACGCCUCGAUUCCCACGAACAGACGUUUCUAUACCACUGCCACAUGGCACUCAUGACGUCACACCUUCCCUUCGGAAGGCUCCCUUCCGAAGCUUGGAAGGACCACUCGCGACACGCGAUGACGUCACACCUUCCCCUCGGAAGGCUCCCUUCCGAAGCUUGGAAGGAUCCCUUGCGAUGACGUCACACCUUCCCUUCGGAAGGCUCCAUUCCGAAGCUUGGAAGGACCCUUCGCGACGUCACACCUUCCCUUCGGAAGGCUCCCUUCCGAAGCUUGGAAGGAUCCCUUGUGAUGACGUCACACCUUCCCUUCGGAAGGCUCCCUUUCGAAGCUUGGGAGGAUCACUUGCAGUGACGUCACACCUUCCCUUCGGAAGGCAUGAUGACGUCACACCUCCCCUUCGGAAGGCUCCCUUCCGAAGCUUGGAAGGAGACCUCGUACUGACGUCACACCUUCCCUUUGGAAGGCAUGAUGACGUCACACCUUCCCUUCGGAAGGCUCCCUUCCGAAGCUUGGAAGGAGACCUCGUGCUGACGUCACACCUUCCCUUCGGAAGGCAUGAUGACGUCACACCUUCCCUGCACACCUUCCCUUCGGAAGGCUCCCUUCUGAAGCUUGGAAAGAGACCUCGUGCUGACGUCACACCUUCCCUUCGGAAGGCUCCCUUCUGA